UGCUGCUUAGGGCAACAAGUUGUGUGUGUGUGUGUGUUAUUAGGUGUCUGCAGUUCUAAUAAAGGAAAGCAGUGUGUCCUUCACUGCCUCAUCAGAUGGCUUUGCUCUGCUUUGUCUGCCUUUCUGAUUUCUGUCUGUGUCUGUCGGUGUUGCGGUGGAGCUGGAUGGCUCUUAGACUGUGGGUCAUCUGGAGAAAGGCGCUUUCGGGAUGGACCUCACCUGUGCUUACGGACUAUCUCUAUGCAAUGAGUGUGUUUGAGACUGAGAAACUUUAGAUGUUUUUGUGGUGUUUUUGACCUGGUGUGAAGUGGGUAUACAAUAAGGCAGCGUGUGUGUGUGUGUUUGUGUAUGUGUGUGUGGCAUUGCUGUUGCCCACGCCAUUAGAAAUGCUGGGGUGUCCAGCGAGAUUAUUUUUGGAUCAGUGACAGCGUGUCAAUGGCUGCAGAUGCAUCGCAAAGGAAGGCUCUGAGAUACCAACAGACCCUGCUCUACGGAGAGUACAGGGAGCAGCUGGGAAACUUCGCCCGACGGGAGGCUGCCCGUUUACUGACAGAGAGACAAUGGAGAAGACAGGCAGGGGACAAUACCGCAGCCACAGGCCGCAAAGGCCACGGCCGGCGGCAUCAUCAUCAGCACCCUGUGACCCUGGAGUCGCAUCACAGCCAUGCCUCCUCCACCAAGAAGCCUCGUCCCUACUCCAAAUGCCAAGAUUGUUUGGCUCGUGUGCGGCGCUACAUAGUGACAAAAAUGGGAGAGGACUGGAUUUUCCUGGUUCUUCUGGGACUGACUAUGGCUCUAGUUAGCUGGAGUAUGGACUAUGCUAGUGCCAAGAGCCUGCAAGCCUAUAAAUGGGUGCAUGGGGAGCUUAAGGGCAAUGUACUGCUCCAGUACCUCGCCUGGGUUACGUAUCCCAUGAUCCUUGUCAUGUUCGCCUCGCUCUUCUGUCACCUGGUUUCCCCGCAGGCCAUCGGUUCUGGUAUCCCUGAGCUGAAAACCAUCCUGAGAGGUGUAGUCUUAAAAGAAUAUCUGACCCUUAAAGCCUUCAUAGCUAAAGUCAUCGGCCUAACCGCUGGCCUGGGCAGUGGGAUGCCUGUGGGCAAAGAGGGUCCCUUUGUCCACAUUGCCAGCAUCUGCGCCGCAGUGUUGAGUCGAUUCAUGUCCAUCUUCUCUGGAGUCUAUGAGAACCCUUAUGGUUACACAGAUAUACUGACUGUUGGCUGUGCCGUGGGGGUGGGAUGCUGUUUUGGCACUCCACUAGGAGGGGUGCUGUUUAGUAUUGAGGUCACGUCUACCUACUUUGCGGUGAGGAAUUACUGGCGGGGAUACUUUGCCGCCACAUUCAGUGCCUUCAUAUUCCGGGUGCUGUCUGUUUGGAACAAGGAUGCUGUCACAAUCACAGCCCUCUUCAAAACAAACUUUCGGAUGGAUUUUCCCUUUGACCUUCAAGAGCUGCCUGCAUUUGCAAUAAUAGGGAUCUCGUGCGGCUUUUUGGGAGCAUUCUUCGUUUACCUGAACAGACAGGUGGUUCUCUUCAUGAGAAGGCCUACGGCUCUUACACGCUUUCUAACCAAACAUCGUUUGAUCUAUCCAGGUGCAGUGACAUUGAUCAUCGCCACCAUCACGUUUCCUCCUGGAUUUGGACAGUUUAUGGCUGGAGAGCUGAUGCCUAGAGAGUGUAUCAACUCACUCUUUGAUAAUUUCACCUGGACCAAAAUCUCAGAAUACCCUGCUCCCCCCGGCCUGGGUCGCUCUGCCGCGUGGCUUCAUCCUCGUGUCAGUGUCUUUAUCAUCCUUCUCCUCUUCUUCAUCAUGAAGUUCUGGAUGUCAGCAGUUUCCACCACUAUGCCCAUCCCCUCAGGUGCCUUUAUGCCGGUGUUCAUAUUAGGAGCUGCUUUCGGUCGCCUUGUCGGGGAGAUCAUGGCCACUCUGUUCCCAAAUGGAAUCCUGUUUGAUGGGAUAGUCUACCGCAUCCUGCCAGGAGGUUACGCUGUCAUUGGUGCAGCAGCGAUGACGGGGGCCGUCACACAUACAGUUUCCACAGCAGUAAUUUGCUUUGAGCUCACUGGUCAAAUCUCCCACAUCCUACCCAUGAUGGUGGCCGUCAUCUUAGCUAAUAUGGUGGCGCAGGGUCUACAGCCGUCUCUCUACGACUCCAUCAUCCAGGUGAAGAAGCUACCCUACCUGCCUGAGCUGGCCCUUGGGCACAUAAGCAAGUAUAACAUCUUUGUGGAGGACAUUAUGGUGCGCAAAGUGAGAUUUCUGUCUUCUCAAGCCACCUUUCGGGAAUUAAACCAUCUGCUUGACACCACGACCCUGAAAACCAUCCCCAUCGUCGACUCCAAAGAAUCUAUGAUUCUGCUAGGUUCAAUUGAGAGGACAGAGCUUCAAGCCCUCUUGGACUGGUGGCUUUCACCUCAAAGACGAGUCUUUGAAAGAGGUCAAAGUUCACCGGGUCAAGCCUCCAAAAUCAGCUGGGAGUCAUUCACCUUUGUAGAUGAGGAGGGAGGCGAGGAAAGCCCCGACAAGACCACCACUCCUGUGCAGGAAGAAUGUAAUGGACCCGUUCCUGCCCCCAAACCUCAGGAGCCCUCCGCCAACCACACAGACUCAGACAAGCGCAAGCUGCCAUCUGUCAGGAGGACCCUUCAAAGACUCUUCUCCUCCACGUCUUUGUCAGGCCAGACAGAUACUCAGGAGACCACAACCCCUCAGCUGACUGACACCAUGUCUCCAGAGGAGAUCAAAGCCUGGGAAGAGGCAGAGCUGAACAAACCAAUUGAUAUGGAGCAGAUACGCAUAGACCCCUCUCCAUUUCAGCUGGUGGAAAGAACGUCUCUGCAUAAGACCCACACUCUGUUCUCCUUGCUGGGUCUCAGUCACGCCUAUGUCACCAGCAUUGGUAAGCUGGUGGGUGUUGUGGCACUGAAAGAGUUGCAGAAAGCCAUAGAGGGCUCAACUCGGAGCGGGGUGAGGCUUCGUCCUCCUCUGGCCAGUUUCAGAGACACCAGUAGGAAAGCCAAGAAGCACCAGCCUCCCUCAUCCACCACUUCCUCGCCAACACAGGACAGAGACCUGUGGGGGGAGGGUAGCAGAAGGGAAGGGGAGCUGGUGAGGAGGGAGUCCAAAGACGAUUCCCGAGGGAAGCCUUCAAGAGGAGCUCCUGGGUGUGACGUUGCUUCCUCUUCCCCCAGCACCAUGGAGAGCAAUAGUAGCUCCACCUCCACAAGAGGGGCCGAAGGCCCUGCUCAGGAGGCAGCAUCCCCCUCCACCUCCUCCUCUACCUCGCCGUCAGCCCCUGCCUCUCCCAUGUCAGCCACAAGCCCUGUCCUCACACUGUCCUCCCUGCAGGAGGAGAGGGAGAGCGAGGACUCUGAUGAGCCCAUUUAGGAGAAGUGGCUUUCAAGAAGAAAAACUUUUACCUUCUUUUAAUGUCACUCCUUUUCCGAAAAGACAAAGCUGCAGUUUAGAUGGAGGAGUCAAAGCCACCUGCGGCUGUCACAGACAUUCAGCUCUCGGUGGGCAGGAGGAACUGGUGCACACAAAGCUCAAGAAACUUUUAGUACAGGAUAUUUUUUUCUAUUCUGAUGAUAGUUUCACUUUUCCACUCUUUAAAAUCUCAGGUGCUUUCCCAUGUCUUCUGAACUGCUGACAACCGUUUCACUGAAGUUCAAUCUUCCAAGCGUAUCUCUGAAAUGCCGAAAACAGCUGAUUUUCACAUGUAUUAAGAUCUGUUAAUGUCAUUAAAGGUAUAAUAUGCAGCAAUGGUCAGUUAUUGUAAACUUGGCCUUGAGAAUGAGGAUGGAGGGAACAGCUUUAGCAAGAAAAAAAGCAAUGAA